ACUUGAUGCGAAAGUGUGCUGUCUCAGCGGGACGCAUCGGUGUUGCUGCGGUCUUGGUAGUGAUUUGGUUUUGUCACCUUUCUUUUCCGACGCGCUAGUCGUUGCCUGCUCUGUUCUACGAACCAUUGCCAGCUUGAGUCGCAUUCGUUGCAUUGUUCUUGUAGAGGCGCUGCCGGAAAUUGAGCGUUUCUUUCGCAUUGUUUCAAAAGAAGAAAUUAUUACUCAUCGUCGCGGCUCGCCCAGCAGAGAGGAGUGUGUACGGUCGACGUGGUGUGCGUGUCCGGCGGCGGUGCAAAUAAUAUCGAUAAUAACGGUGCGAGUAGUGGUGGUGUCGUCGAGCGAGAACGGGGCAGUACUAGAACGCGUGACUGGGCGAGAGCGAGAAGCGUGCGCUGUGGCACGAGCAAGAGAGCGACAGAGAGAAGCGAGCAAUACGUCAUCGUGAGCGGUGGGGAAGAAGAAGCAGUAGGCUGCGAUACAAGUGUCAAAACGUCGUCGCCUCCUUCGUCUGCGGUUGUGUAGCCAAUUUCCAUCGUCCGUGCUGAUUGAUGUGCUGUUCGUGAGAACACAUAAAAAUUUAGUGUUUCCUUAGUGGCCCACCCAGAAAGCAUAAGUGAUAAAUGCGGCCACCACUGCCGUGAGACGACACGCAUACACGCGCACACGGAUUCCUUCUUCCUGCAGUGCAGCAGCAGCAGAAGACGUGAGCACAACCAAGAAGACGGUGGUUGCUGUCAUUCCGGAAAAUCCGGUGCGCGUACAAAAACACGGACAGGAAGCGAGAAAUAAACCGACGCAAACACAAUGGCAGACGUGGAUGAUGUGAUAAGCGAUCAGGAUAAAAUCCGGAUCGCGUCCGACUUCCUGAUGCACGCACCGCCCGGCGAGUUCAACGAGGUGUUCAACGAUGUCCGCGAGCUGCUGAACGACGAUCGGCUGCUCAAGGAAGGAGCCAGUGCCGCCUGCGCCCAGUACAACAAGGAUCAGCUCACUCCGGUCAUUCUGGAGAACUCGGAAAUCGCGGUGCUGAUCUCAGAACACAACGAUCUAGGUGGUGGCCGUUAUUAUGAUCCGCGGACGAAGCAAAGCUUCAAGUUCGAUCACCUGCGGAAGGAAGCGUCGGACCUGCAGAACCACGACGGGGACCACCCGUCGGAGCAGUGGCGCGCGAUGCUGGACAUCGAAACGCUCACGUACUGCGCCAAUCACUACCGCAACGGUUCCUGCUCCGUGUACGGCCGGACGGUCAACGGGCAGAUCACGCUGAACGUGUGCAUCGAGGACCACCAGUUUCAGCCGAAAAACUUCUGGAACGGCCGGUGGCGCUCGGUGUGGGCGAUCACCUUCCCCGCCGGUAGCGGUGGCGGUGGCGGCGGUUCCGCCGAGCUGAAGGGAUCGCUCAAGCUGCAGGUCCACUACUACGAGGACGGCAACGUGCAGCUGGUGUCGUCAAAGGACUUCCGCGAGAUGGUGCCGAUCACGAACGAGGCGAACACGGCGAAGGAAAUCAUACGGGUGAUCGAGGAAAGCGAGCACGACUACCAGACCGCAAUAUCGGAAAACUAUCAGACGAUGUCCGACACCACGUUCAAGGCGCUGCGGCGGCAGCUGCCCGUCACACGGACGAAAAUUGACUGGAGUAAGAUAGUGUCCUAUAGCAUCGGUAAGGAGCUGAAGACGCAGUAGAAGAUCGGGAUCGAGAUGUUCGAGAUCGAUGAGAGAAAGAUCCGGGGAAUACGCGGGGGAAGGAAAGAGUCGCGUGGCACGAAGUUGCCGAUCAAAGCGGUGCGUAACUUGUAAAAGUGAUCAGCGCGGAAGAAGAAAUUCUUUGAUUUUGUUUUGUUUCGUUUUUUUAUGAAGAAGAAAAAACCCAGAAUUGCUCGGCACACGUACAGGAGCCAGACGGAACUUGAGAGCCACCGGAAGGAGAGUGAGAGAGAGAGAGAAAUAAAAAUAUAGAAGAGAGAAACAUGGACAGUGAAGCUUCACUUCAUUCAAAUCAAAGCCACAAGAUCGCAUCGUUGGCGAGGACGGAUCGUAAAUUUAUGCUCGGCAGUCAGGAAUUUGCCUUUUGCUUUUUGUGUCUUUCGUUGCUCGAUCGGUGUGUUUUCGAUUUUAAUCAUUUCGCUUUAAGAUACAUUUAUUUACAAUCAGAAAUGUGACGUGUUUCGAUGGUCGGUCAGGAUGCCGCCACAGACAGUAGUGGCAGCCGAUCGCUCUUGGAACCCGAAACGAUGCAUUCAAUAAACCAUCUUCGACACAACCCUUUUUGGCUCUCGUCAUAAGGAACGCUUCGUAAUUCUAUCGCACCCGCGCGGCAACCAUUUUAUUCUAUGUCCAUUUUCUGGCUUUUGGUUAAAAUAUUGUGCUCCCCUAUACCAUUUAUGGCAAACGAAUCAAUGGCUGAGUAUGGUUAUGGAAAGGUCAAUAAGGCGAAAGAUGCCGCGAUGUGGUGCAAAAUAAGAAAUCGGUGGUUGCAUCGACGACCAAUAAUCGAGAUCGUUUAUGGUCGUGCCACUAUCGAGGUUUAUCAUUAGCAAAAUAGUAGCGAAAAUGUAAAACACUCUCUGCUCUGCAAGGAGGGGCCGACAGGGAUGCACGCGAAGGUGGUAAACAAAUGUAACCUCUACCAGCACUACUACUAGCUUAACGGUGGGCAAGAAGCAGUAUGGACGUUAAUGCGCUCAAUAGUUUAUUUUAAAAAAUUGAUCACUGUCUUGCACUUAAAUAUAAGCAACCGCCUGCGUGUGCCUGCUGCAGUGAUGCUGUGUACGGUUUACAGAACUAUGUAAAUGCUAAGAAACGAACAUCAUCCGAGCAUCAGCGAAAAGAUCGCCAAUGUGGCGGACGCGCUCUCCAGCACCGUUUGUUAUGGUUUUGCGUUAUGAUAAGCGCUGAUAAAUGAUAGAGAAAAGAGUCGAGGAGAAGAGUAACGAAGACGAUGAUGAGGGUGUGCGGAUGAGGGGAUCGCUUACAAGCAUCCCUACAGUUGCCUUUCUUUUGUGCGGCAGUCCUUCAGUUCAAUGGACCCCCCGGGGACAGACCCUCGGCACUCAUAAAGCUCUCAUCCAUACGAUUCCGUAUCAAUCACGCACAUUCUAGCCCAUUGUCCUUUUUGAUUUCUUCUUUGUCCCUUACCUUGUGUUUGACACUUUCCGCGCGAAAAGGUGAUUCAGAACCGGACUGAGAGGCGCGGCGGCAAACCGAGGUCGCAUGCAUUUAGUAGUGUGAGCGAUGGCCACUUCCGAUGCCGCAAAACGUGCAGCCUCGGAUUUACUAUCCCAGCGAUAGGCGACUUUUUUUUUAUUCAAUCGCGCUUAUUAAGGCGCUGACGAUCAGUUUAGUAUUUCUAUCUGUUUUGUCUUCGAUUCUUUUACCCCGGGACAUUUUUUCUUCUCUGGUUGAAUUCAGUCCCUUGCGAUGAUCCCGUGGGUGCCCGUUAGGAGGCUGUAUGAUAAUUUUGUUUCACUCGCAAAAAACUGAAGGCCAAACCGAACGGAUAGAUAAAGCGUUUUACUACGUGGUGCAUCGUUUGUAGAUUAGUAUAAAAUGGUUAACAUUGAGAUUGAUGCGAGCCGUAUGGCAACACAGCGCAACUUCGAAUUUCGACACCGCGAAGGAAGAACGCACCGAGCCCAGCCAGAACGAACGAACGAACGACAAAGGGAAAUCAAACGGACCCCAGGUGCCCCGCGGGAUGAUAUGUAACGAUAAGAUACUGCUUCCGAUCGAAAGGGACAAGCAAAGCAGAGAUUGCCAACCUGUCGGCAGCAGGAACACGUACCGGCAAUCAUAGACAAAUGGUGCAUCUGUGCUAAACAUGAAAUCAAAUGAGGCAAAAAAGUAGGAGCACGGAAGUCGAAAUGAAAAAGACGAGAAAAAACGGCCCCUGCAGUCUUUGGAGAGAACUGGCAGGAACAAUAUUAAUUAACUGUAUGAAAUGAAUUAUUAUUACAA